AUGCCGUCCAGCAAAGGGAACGAGACCGGCCGCGAGGCCGGCAACACAGUACGCAAGACGGCGCCGCAGCCACUGGCUCUGGCUGAGUCGGCGCUCAUGGCGAGCGACCGCAGUCUUGCCGACGCAUCUCUUCAGAUCGACUCACCAGCCGAAUACUCCAUCCAUUCUCGAUCUCCCAGGUCGCCCAAUUCGCCAUUACGCUACAACGAUAGGAGCGGCAGCCUGGUGCUGAGCCAGACCCCCGUACCGGCAGGAAAGCCGCCUGUUCAUCUCGCCGAGCUCAUCAGCCAGCCGCUUGCCGACAGCGAAAGCAGCCACCAUCCCUCUCUCUCGACCUCCACCAGCUCAUCCCAGCUGCAGCAACCAGCACAGCCACCGCAACAGCCACCACAGCAACAUCAGCAAAAGCAUUACGGGCACGGUCGACACAGGCAAAACGAGGACAAGACAUCCAAGUCCAAUUUCUUCUUCCACUUUGAUGCCGAGCCCACGCAAGCGGCCAACAGCGCUGAGCUUCCGACACGCUCGAACGCCUCCCUUGUCUCCUCUUCGACCGAAGCCGAAAUCAGUUCUUCCAACUCACGAAAGGGGAAGCCGAAAUCGUUUGGGCGUCUAGGGCGGACACGAUCCAACCGGGAUAAGAACGGCAACAUCAUUCAUUCCAACACGACCACGGCGACCAAUACACCGGCCUCAUCUAUGCAAGACGACGCUUCGAUGCGAAUGGUCGAGCCGCCCGAGCGCGCCUAUCAGCCUGCUGCCACCCUGAAGCCGGCAGCCGUGAUGCCGCACGAGCCGUCCCACAGGGAGGCUAAGGCCUCGAGGACGCGCAACCACUCGGCAGAACGGGUGCGUCCACGCGAUGUUCCUAGCACACGGGACGGCCAUCAAAACAAGCAAAAUCAAACCCGCGAGCGUGAACAUGUGCGGGCACAGCCGUCGUCCUCGCGGGAAACCGGCGGCUACACGUUUUUCAGCGGAUUGAAGAACAGCCGAGCUGCAGACAUCUUCAGCAAGGGAUUUUUCGGUAAGAGCACACGGAGUGGGAGCACGACGGAGCGGGAGCCAGUCGUGGACGAUGAGCACUACGUGCUCCGGGUGAUCAACCGGCCGCUCGUCGAGCAGACACGAAUGACUCGCAUCUCGAAACGGCUAGAGGAUUCGCGUGAUAAGACGGAGUUCUGGAUGCCUGCUUUCCCGUGGAGGGCCAUUGACUACCUCAACUUCAAGGGGACCGACGUGGAAGGCCUCUACCGGGUUCCUGGAAGCGGGCCGCAGAUCAAGAAGUGGCAGCGGAAGUUUGACCAAGAGCAUGACGUGGAUCUUCUUUCGCAGGACGAUCUGUACGACAUCAACAUUAUCGGCUCGAUGCUAAAGGCCUGGCUACGGGAGCUGCCGGACGAGCUGUUUCCCAAGGCAGCACAGGAGAGAGUUGCACGCCAAUGUGCCGGGUCCGAGAGGGUGCCCCAGCUGCUGAUUGACGAGCUGUCGGACCUGUCACCGUUCAACUACUACCUGCUCUUUGCCAUCACCUGCCACCUGAGCCUGCUAUUGGCACAUUCGGACAAGAACAAGAUGGACUACCGGAAUCUGUGCAUCUGCUUCCAGCCGUGCAUGAAGAUUGACGCGUUUUCGUUCAAGUUCCUAGUGUGCGACUGGCGAGACUGCUGGCAGGGAUGCCGAAACGAGAUGCGGUACAUUGAGGAGGAGUACCGGAUCUUCGGGCUGCCACCACCCAUGGGCAUCUCGACGCCACGGUCGCAGCUUCCGCCAGGCAGCGACGGGUUGGCGCAGGAGCAGGUGGCCGACAUGCGGCAGAUCUCGUCGUCGGACAGCGACAGGCAGCUCGACCAAGUCGACCAGCCCCCGUUGAGGAGGCCGCCCAAUAUGGAGACGGGCAGCGUGGCGUCGACCUCGACUAUCUCGACGACACUGACGAUUGAUAGUCAGCGGGCGGCAACGCCGCCAGGGCAGUCUGGAGAGAUGCGAGGAGAUGGACGGGGACAGAUGCGGCCGCUGUCACCGAUCAAGCCGCUCUCUCCUCUCGGCUUCUGA